AUGCCCACGCCGACGGCCUCGCCGCCUCUGCUCUUCGCCAGCGGCGAAACAACUCAGCCCGAGCAGACAGACUCUGAGCGGCUCGCGCGUUCGCAGCGGAUAUCCGCAACCAGCGCGCUAUUCUCCCCGAGCGCCGUAGCGAAGAUCUGGGGGGUCGCACGGGGGGCACUGGACCGGGCAUCGCCACCGACAGAAAUGCCGGAGUACACGCCACCGGGAUCGAGCUCGUACAGCUACACCGCAGCGGACUUCUGGACGUCGGGGUUUUUUCCCGGGAGCCUGUACCUGCUUUUGGAGCGGGCGAAGGUGUAUCCGGGACAUUUUCCCAUAGAGAAGUUGCAUGUCGAGAAGCUGCGCUAUGCGUGUCGCUGGUGGUCGGAAAAUCUACAUGUUCAGGCUCACAGAACAGAUACUCAUGACUUGGGAUUCAUGAUAUUGCUGCCGUUCCAGAAGGAUUAUGAGCUCACCGGGGAUAGGCGCUCGCUGGAUACGCUAGUUACCGCGGCGAAUAGCCUUGCCAGCAGGUUUGAGCCAAGGGUUGGGUUGAUACGUAGCUGGGACACGUGCUGUACCAAACGCUACGCUUUUGAGGAUCCUAAGGCGGAUUUCUUGGUCAUUAUCGACAAUAUGCUGAAUCUAAACCUCCUCUACUGGGUAUCCGCGCAGACCGGCGACCUCCGCCUAUCCAGCAUCGCAACCACACACGCCGAGAACUCACUGAAGCACCACAUCCGACAUCCGCAGUGGUCGACCGUGCACGUCGUCAACUUCGACCAGGAGACGGGGGCGGUCAAGGAGAAGCUCACGAACCAGGGCUACGCGGACGACAGCACCUGGAGCCGUGGCCAGGCUUGGGGCAUCCUCGGCUUCGCGCAGUGCUACGCCUGGACCCGCAAGCAAGCGUUUCUCGACGCCGCGAUAAAUCUCGGCGAAUACUUUGUCUCCAGACUCGACGACGGAGACGGAGUUCCGCACUGGGAUUUCGACGCUCCACGUCCCACUUACCGUGACACGUCCGCGGCGAUGAUCGCGGUGUGUGGGUUCCUAUGUAUCUACGAGGCGACGCCAGAAGUGAGGUUCCUCUCGCACGCGCUGCGGAUCCUAGACGCUACGCUCAAGAUGUCGCUCGCACCGCCGGCGAGGUUCCGUGAUGAUGGGAGCGACGCCGUGGACUUGGGCAGUGGCGGAGAUACGAUAUUAUUGAAUGCUACGAUUAAUAAUCAUGAGUUUGCCCCCAGGAGGUGGGCGGAUCAUGGACUCGUCUAUGCGGAUUAUUUCUUUCUGGAGGUCGGGAAUAGGCUCCUGGGGUUGGGGUUGGUGUAGAUGAAACGGAGGGGAGGUUGCGGGAUAUGUGUAGAGUAUGUACGUACUGUAACGGUUAUGGUAUUUGAAUUAUAUACCGGCUCUCUACCGUGUCUUUCCAUGAG